AUGAACGAUCAGUCUGUUCCCGGCGUGAUAGCUUUCGACAUUAACAAAGACUCCCGGUCUCCCUUGACAUAUACUACUCCUUCCUCUCGCUGGAAAGCUGUCACAACCCGAGAUGCCAGAGCAACCAACGCCUUCGUCUAUGCAGUGGUCACAACACGCAUCUACUGCCGUCCGGACUGCCGAGCACGACUCGCACGGAGGGCAAACGUUGUUUUCUACGACAACAAUUCAGAAGCCGAACACAACGGAUUCCGAGCUUGCAAGCGGUGCAAGCCCAAUUCUCACCCUAUAUCUACUCCUCUUCGACCCGAGCAUGAAAGUCCUCUGGGAACUUUGACUUCACGUCCCGCUGCCACUGAGCCUCUUCCUCCGAACGCGGAUGCAGACGAUGUUCGAACUAAGAUCUACCGAGCUGUUCAAUUAAUCCGCCAGUCAGCUUUAGAGGGCCAGCAACUGAGCCUCGCCCAACUAUCCCAGGAAGUGGGAUUGAGUAAAUGGCAUCUGCAACGGGUUUUCAAGCGGCUUCAAGGCGUCACACCGCGAGAAAUGGCCGAGCAAAUGAUUGAUAUGCAAGCCAACGAGAGUACCACGGGAGACCAUACCGUUACGUGGACCUCUUAUAAUCAAGGCAUGAUCGAAGUGGAAUACGACGGUCAAAGUCGAACGUCCCUUGAUCCCUCCGCCACGUCUGGAUCGUCGAGCGAGGGCAUCCUUACCCCAGUGAACUGGCUUGAGGGAUCGAUGCCCACGGUAAUCAAUGAACAUGCAAGUCUGGACGUCGAUGUCGAAAAUCUGUUAAAAGAUUUGUUUCCGGAGUUGUGUGGCGAUGAUCAGAUAAUUGAUCCGAUAGUAGAGUUAUCCUAA